AUGCAUCCUCAGUUAGAUAAAAAUCGUUUCGAUACAUGCGAGAAACUAAUGGACGCUCUUGAAAAGUGUCACCAACAAGAAUACCUUAAGCAAAUCCUUGGAAUGUGCAACUAUGAAAAGGACCAAUUAGCCAACUGUUUGCAUUACACCCGAGUAGAAGACUCCAAGGACAGAAUUAGACAAGCUAGAGAAAAGCAAAAGCUCUUUGAAGAAAAAAGAAGAAAGGCUAGAGAAGAAGAGUACGGGAAAGACGGAUACUUGCAAAAGGUUAUUGAUGCUGAGUUACAAAAGAAGCAGAACUAG